UUGUUUUGUACCGUAUGCUCCUCGAGACUGCUGCUCAUCGCGCUCAUCCACUGGAGCGAGGACAACAUGGAAGGACAACAGCGUGAUGACUCUGUGAAUGAACUUGAUCUGCAUGCAAGUAUCAAACAGCAUGUGCAAGGAUCGUGUGACAUUUGCCUGGACGGUAUCCACGGUGCAGUGAGAUACUGCCAUGCCUGCAGCGCCUCCUUCUGUGAGAGGCACCUCACUGACCACAGCCGGGCCCCGACCACGUCCGCACACGUGCUGGCUCACCCCUCACGGACAUCCAGAGCGGCGUCAGCUACAGCGCCCCCUCCUGCAGCAGCUCCAGAAAAUGCAGGUGUGUCCUGGACGUGGCUGGUCGCGAUGGUCUUGGUGGCGCUGGUGGCAGUAAUGAUACCCAACUAUGUUAAUAGAGAUGAUGCUCAGCCGUUGCCGGGGGUGCUCAUGCCGGAGUCGGAGGCGGAGGCGUCGGAGCUGCGCGCGUGCUGCCGGCGGGUGCACCUGUCGGCGGAGGAGCAGAAGCGCAGCAUGACGGAGCUCAUGUGCCAGCUGCAGAGCCGCGUCCAGGAGAAGCGCCGCGCCCUGCACGCGCACGUCCGGCAGCAGCAGCGCCACGUCGCCGAGCACCAGCCCGUCCUGGACGAGGGCGCCGAGACCUACCGGGACCUCGUCAUGGAGGUCGUGGAGCAGAGCUACAAGGCCACGCUGUCGCACCUGGACAGCAUUGAGAGGAACAUCAGAGGAGACCUGGACUGGUGCAGCGAGCUGCCCUCGGCAUUGGAGUUGCCCGGCUCGAGCUACGCUGCCUAGAGCAAAAAAAUGGCGAUGAGAUUUGGAUGAUUGUCUCGUAUUUUUUCUGAAAUUCAGCUCCUUGUUGUUGUUGUUCUUGUUUUUGUUUGAUAGGGUCAAGGAGAAAUAGGGCUCGACAAGCAAAGAAGAGAUAUUAUUAUAUCCUAUUCUGAAUUGACUUGCCCUCUGAGCAAUGUGUGGCGAAAGCUCCCAUGUAACGAUAAGAGAUAAGAAUAGAUCGAGAUGCCCUCGGCCUUCGAGUUGCACAGCUCGACCUACGCUGCUGCCUUACAAAAACAUGACGAUUGAAUGAAUUUUGAUGAUUGUCUGGUAUUUCUGAAUUUCGACUCUUCAUUUUCCUCGUGUGUCUAUAGGAGCAAUACGGUUGGACAAAGAGGAGAUCUUAUUGGAAAUUGUCCUAUCCUCCAGGUUGUGAGGUAACAGCAUGGUGUUAGUCCAUGUAGGAGCACCCAGAGCAAAGGAGAACUCCUUGGGUGCCUCUCAUUUGGGCUUUUAUACGUCCUCCUUCACUCCUAGGCCUCGAUCCUCACUGAUCUACAUAAAGAAUGAUGGGGCGAAAACAAUGGGAUAGUCUACCCAGUGAUAGUUCUAGAUCAUUGGGAAUGCCCCUCGAGGAUUGAGCAUCGAGGAUCGAGGAGGCAUGUUGAAAAGCACCUCUUGUCUUGUCUCUUUCGUCUAAAUACAGUUGAGCUCAAUUUCACACCAGUGUAUGGUUUUCACCAUUUGCCUUGUGUUUCUUCAUUUCAACUCUUAAGAAAUACUGUAGCUUUCCUUCUUGUAAAGUUGUAUUUGGGCACAUUCAAUAAACUUCUGGGCCCCUUGUGCUUUCAUAAACCUGUU